AUGGGGAAGAUCACCUUCUACGAGGACCGGGGCUUCCAGGGCCGCCACUACGAGUGCAGCAGCGACCACUCCAACCUGCAGCCCUGCUUCGGCCGCUGCAACUCCAUCCGGGUGGACAGCGGCUGUUGGAUGCUCUACGAGCAGCCCGACUACCAGGGCCACCAGUACUUCCUGCGGCGCGGCGACUACCCUGACUACCAGCAGUGGAUGGGCCUCAACGACUCCGUCCGCUCCUGCCGCCUCAUCCCCCACACCAGCUCCCACCGGCUGAGGAUGUACGAGCGAGAGGACUACCGAGGCCAGGUGGCGGAGCUCACGGAAGACUGCUCCUCGCUCCGCGACCGCUUCCACUUCAAUGAGAUCCGCUCCCUUCACGUGCUGGAGGGCUGGUGGGUCCUCUAUGAGAUGCCCAACUACCGCGGGCGGCAGUACCUAGUGAGGCCGGGGGACUACAGGCACUACCACGACUGGGGGGCCCUGGAUGCCAGAGUGGGCUCCCUGAGGAGGGCCGUGGAUUUCUACUGA